AUGUUAGCUCCCUCUCUCCCCACCAACAUCCCUUCUCACCUUGGUCUCAGGCUUCUCAGGGCAGCUUUAAAUGCCCGUGAUUUCAAGCGUGCCCACCAACUGUUUGAUAAUAUUCUUCAACCAGACCCCACAACCUGUUCAACUCUGAUUUCAGCUUUAACCGCUCACGGACUUCCAAAUGAGGCCAUAAAGAUCUACGCUUCAUUGCGGGUGCGUGGGAUCAAUCCCCACAAGCCAGUGUUCUUGGCUGUUGCCAAAGCUUGUGCUGCUUCUGGUGAUGCCUUGAGAGUCAAGGAAGUUCAUGAUGAUGCGGCUCGGUGUGGGGUGAUGUCUGAUGUUUUCGUUGCCAAUGCGUUGAUUCAUGCAUAUGGUAAAUGUAAAUGUGUCGAGGGUGCAAGACUUGUUUUUGAUGAUUUGGUUGUUAGAGAUGUGGUUACCUGGACCUCGUUGUCCUCUUGCUAUGUUAAUUGUGGAUUUCCGCGGAAGGGUCUGAAUGUUUUUCGUGAAAUGGGAUGGAAUGGGGUGAAACCGAAUCCGGUGACUGUGUCUAGCAUUUUACCUGCUUGCUCGGAAUUGAAAGAUUUGAAAUCGGGUAAAGCAAUUCAUGGAUUUGCAGUGAGACAUGGGAUGAUAGAAAAUGUGUUUGUUUGUAGUGCACUUGUGAGCUUGUAUGCAAAAUGUCUGAGUGUAAGAGAAGCUCGAGCAGUAUUUGAUUUAAUGCCUCGUCGAGAUGUUGUGUCUUGGAAUGGAGUUUUAACAGCAUAUUUCACAAACAAAGAAUAUGAGAAGGGUUUCUCCCUGUUUUCGCAGAUGAGCAGAGGUGGAGUCAAAGCAGAUGAAGCUACAUGGAAUGCUGUUAUUGGUGGAUGCAUGGAGAAUGGACGAACAGAGGAGGCAGUGGAGAUGCUUAGGAAGAUGCAAAAAAUGGGAUUUAAACCUAAUGAAAUAACAGUUAGUAGUAUCUUACCAGCUUGCUUUUUUUCGGAGAGCUUGAGAAUGGGUAAGGAGAUACACUGCUAUGUCUUCAGGCAUUGGAAAGUUGGAGACUUGACAAGCACAACAGCUCUAUUAUAUAUGUAUGCUAAAUGUGGCGACUUGAAUCUUUCAAGGAAUGUCUUCAAUAUGAUGCAUAGAAAAGAUGUUGUUGCUUGGAACACAAUGAUCAUUGCGAAUGCGAUGCACGGGAAUGGAAAAGAAGCGCUUUUUCUCUUUGAUAAGAUGCUACUAUCAAGGAUCAAGCCCAAUUCUGUUACUUUUACUGGUGUUCUAUCAGGUUGUAGCCAUUCAAGGCUAGUAGAGGAAGGAAUUCAAAUAUUCAAUUCAAUGGGUAGGGAUCAUCAUGUAGAACCUGAUGCAAAUCACUAUUCAUGUGUGGUUGAUAUCUAUAGCCGUGCUGGUCGCCUCAACGAGGCAUACAAGUUUAUUCAAAGAAUGCCUAUGGAACCAACGGCUAGUGCUUGGGGAGCACUCCUUGGUGCUUGUAGGGUUUAUAAGAAUGUGGAGUUGGCGAAAAUUUCAGCUAAGAAACUAUUUGAGAUUGAGCCUAACAAUCCUGGAAACUAUGUUUCUUUAUUCAACAUUCUUGUUACUGCCAAAUUGUGGAGUGAGGCUUCAAAAAUCAGAAUAUUGAUGAAAGAAAGAGGAAUUGCAAAAACACCGGGAUGUAGUUGGCUUCAAGUGGGAAAUAGAAUUCAUACUUUUGUUGUUGGAGACAAAAGUAAUAUGGAAAGUGAUAAACUCUAUAAAUUUUUGUAUGAGUUGGUUAAGAAAAUGAAAAUGGCUGGAUAUAAGCCCGACACUGAUUAUGUUCUGCAAGAUAUUGAUCAAGAGGAAAAAGCUGAAAGUCUUUGUAACCAUAGUGAGAAGCUUGCUGUUGCUUUUGGGAUACUUAAUUUGAAUGGACAGUCGACAAUACGGGUUUUUAAGAAUUUGAGAAUAUGUGGUGAUUGUCACAAUGCCAUUAAGUAUAUGUCUAAGGUUGUUGGUAUUGUGAUUGUUGUCAGAGACUCCUUGAGGUUUCAUCACUUCAAAAAUGGAAAUUGUUCUUGUAAAGACUUAUGGUGA